GAGGCGCCCCAUUGGCUGGCGAGGCCAUAUAUACGCGUCAGGCGGACUCGGGCCCUCUUUCGGCUCCGCGCCGCCCGGGCCUCCACACGGCGUUGUCAGCGUUCCCUGUCGUUGCUUCCCAAGGGAAACCCCACAAUGUCCGGAGGCCUCGAUGUCCUGCAGAUGAAGGAGGAGGAUGUCCUCAAAUUCCUCGCUGCCGGGACCCACCUGGGAGGUACCAACCUCGACUUCCAGAUGGAGCAAUACAUCUACAAAAGGAAGAGCGAUGGUAUUUACAUCAUCAACCUGAAGAGGACCUGGGAAAAGCUGCUCCUGGCAGCUCGUGCCAUUGUUGCCAUUGAAAACCCAGCUGAUGUGAGCGUCAUUUCUUCGAGGAACACUGGACAGCGUGCGGUUCUGAAGUUUGCUGCUGCCACUGGGGCUACUCCUAUUGCCGGGCGUUUCACCCCUGGCACCUUCACAAACCAGAUCCAAGCAGCUUUCCGUGAGCCACGGCUCCUGGUGGUUACUGACCCGCGGGCUGAUCACCAGCCGCUGACAGAGGCAUCCUAUGUCAACAUCCCCACCAUCGCCCUGUGCAACACUGACUCCCCGCUGCGCUAUGUGGAUAUCGCUAUUCCCUGCAAUAACAAGGGAGCCCACUCAGUGGGCCUGAUGUGGUGGAUGCUGGCUCGGGAGGUCCUGCGCAUGCGUGGCACCAUCUCCCGUGAGCACCCAUGGGAAGUCAUGCCUGACUUGUACUUCUACAGGGAUCCUGAGGAGAUUGAAAAGGAGGAGCAGGCAGCUGCAGAGAAAGCAGUCACAAAGGAGGAAUUCCAGACUGAAUGGACGGCCCCGGCACCUGAAUUCACUGCUCCUCCUCAGCCUGAGGUUGCAGAUUGGUCUGAGGGAGUGCAGGUCCCAUCUGUGCCCAUCCAGCAGUUCCCCACAGGUCGGUUUGGGGGUUGUUUGUGGGAACGAGCUGGGGGGGUUGUUGUGGUGGGUGGAAGGAGCCUGGGGAGUGCUAAGUCUUGUUGUGUUUGUGAUUGCAGAGGACUGGAGUGCCCAGCCUGCCACUGAGGACUGGUCAGCAGCUCCCACUGCCCAGGCUACUGAGUGGGUUGGCACUGCCACGGAAUGGUCUUAACUUCAGCCCUGCUGUACUGUGAGAGAAAUAAAGGCUGAUUUAGUA